GCUCUCUUCCUUCCCCUCCCCUCUUUCGUUAUGCGAGUCGAUACCGGUGUUGCAGCGGCAUCUACGCAACCAACGACAUCCCGACAGCGCUACUUCGUUCUCCUUGUACACGGUUGUUCAUCCCCAUCAUCAACGGCGAGGAAAGACCCCUGUUUCGGCAUCCAAUACCGUACUCUCUGCGCGUCGUCGCUGGCGAUGUAACGCGUCACCUUUCUCAAACAAAUAACAUUCUCUACAGAACAUAAGUCACCACCACCACAUCAACAACAUCAAAAAAAAAAAAAUGAAUGUAGCGGCAGAGAGUCACCAGCACUUUCUCACCAGCCUCGCUAUCGACCCGAGCACCGACGAGCUCUACGCCCUCUGCGCCGCCAGCGGCGAAGUUCUCCGCUACAACGCCGAACGCCAGACCUUCACCGAAGUCGCAAAGACGGACGUGCCCCCUGCCAGCUUCGCUUUCUUGACGGAUGGCGAGGAGAUGCGGUGGGUGAUGGCCUGCCCUAUGCAGCGGACGUUACUCACGACCUCGGCGACGGUUCGCCAGCGCGUGGUGGAGGAAGGCACGGAGGAGCUCCCUGUUGUCACCUUGGCGCCGUAUGCAGCCUGCUCGCACGCGCCGCCGCUGAACGCGCCGACGGCCGUCACCGUCAGCCCGUGCGAUGGCGAGGUGUUCUUCACCGAUGCGGGUUGGGAGGGCGACUCCUCCCUCUUGAACCGCACCGGUGCGGUGUAUCGCACGGUGCAGCGCCACUCCGCCGUCGUCGCCCUCCAGCCCACCGGCUUGGCACAGCCGAGCAGCGUCGUGGUCGGCCGCGACGGCUGCGUUUAUGUCGCGGAGAUGGUCGAGAACCGCCUGCUGCGCUAUGUCCCACGCGGCGGCGGUGUGCGGUACAUCGGGGCUGUCUUCGCGCGCUUUGAAGGGUCGAUGGGGCCAUCGGCGGUCGUCGUGCACCCCCGCACGGGGCACCUCUUUGUGGCGCUGUACGAGGCGGCGGAGGUGGGCCGACCGUACGAGGCGGUGGAUGACGAGACAUCCUCGACCGCGCCACCGCUGCAAGGACGCGUAGUGGAGCUCGAUCUUAGCGGAGCAGAGGUGUGUACGUAUCAUGUGCCCGACACGCAACUCCGCGCACUGGCGUUUGAUGUCCAGGGUACGUGCCUGUACGCGGUGUCGAGUGACAGCAACACCUACUGGUCCACACUCUACCAAGCUGCGCUCAACGAGAAUUGA